AUGGCGACCGAGGGUGCGUACGAGUCGAUCCUCUGUGUUAAACCUGAUGUCAAUGUUUACCGAAUCCCACCGAGAGCAUCAAACCGGGGUGUACGGGCAGCCGACUGGAAGCUGGACUCCCCAGACUGGACUGGACGUAUGCGGGUAACAGCACGGGGGAAAGUAGCCUACAUUAAACUGGAGGAUAAGAUCUCUGGGGAGCUGUUCGCUCAGGCCCCCAUCGACGAGUUCCCCGGCAUCGCUGUGGAAACCGUCAGCGACUCCAGCCGCUACUUUGUACUGCGCAUACAGGACGAUAGCGGGCGCAGCGCCUUCAUCGGCAUCGGCUUCGGGGACCGAGGGGACUCCUUUGACUUCAACGUGGCCCUGCAGGACCACUUCAAGUGGGUGAAACAAGAGGACGAAAUCAGCAAACAGGCACAGACGCCCGACAACACUCCAAAGCUAGACCUGGGCUUUAAAGAAGGACAAACCAUCACGCUUAAUAUCGGGCAGUCCAGAAAGAGGGAGAAGGCCCGCCCACAGGGCUCAGGGGGCUUUGGGCUCCUCCCCCCGCCUCCUGCAGGAAAACUUGCCCCACCCCCUUCUAAAUCGGACAAUCAGAACACGCAACCUGCUGUGGAAGAAGGUGACAUGGGCUGUCUGCUGGAUCUGGACUCCACUAAUGACAACUCUGUAGAUGCUCCGAUCUCCAACACCACCGCAACCUCUGACCUGUGGGGAGAUUUCGACUCAGUAACCCAGAAGUGAAGGAAGGACUUUCUUCCUUCCACUAGUUCCCUUUUUCUUUACACUGGCUUACAUUAUGUUGUUUUUUAUUAUUUAUUAUCUAUUUCAGUUUUUGACCCCCUCUUCAAACAGGACAGUUCCUUAAUCAAGAUGCAGUUUCAGGUCAGAAUUGGGUAUAAGUACUCCCUAAGCCUCGUUUCCUACUCUUCCAUUCAUCUGUCCCCUGUGUUCUGUUCCCAUUGUAUCGUCAUGACUUUCUCCUCCUCCUCCUCCUCCUCCUCUUCCUCCUCUAUUACACUUCUACAAUGGAAUAUCUCCCACUGAUGCAUAAGGACAAGGGAGAUAUUUCAAUAGGGACUAACUUAUUAAUUGAUAUUAUGUACAGAGAGUUAUGUAGAUAUAUAUUGUCAGUAGUUUGCAAUUAUUGUCAUUCGUUAUUCGUGUGUAGCUUACUUACUUUUAAAUCCUCCCCCCCCCAACCCCCCCUCGAAUAUGCACUGACGGACCGUCUACCACGCUGUCUGUUGAGUUGAUCAUCAGCAAAGUCUUAGCAUUUCAAUGCAAGGACUGUUCUAAUAAUAGACUAAAGCUACAGGCAAAGCUUUACCAGGCCUCUUUGAAGAAAACCGCCAGGCUGUAGCCAUCCCAUCUGUCGUACAUGUGCUCUCCGCCGCCCUCUAGUGGGACGCCAUCGGCCCUGCAGACCGACUCAGGCAUCUAGUUUGGGAACUUAUAUGUUUUGAAAAGACACAGAUGUUUACGUUUUAACACAAGAAGUUGAUCCUUGGCACAGAGUGCAAAUGCAUUGAAAAGAACACUGAUUAAUAUCAAUAAUGAGAAAAACGGUCUGGAAGAUGGAAGGAAGAACCAUGCGUUUUUCACCUCUGAGCAGAGAGGAAUGAAUUAGUCUGUGUGUUGUGUCAUCUCUACCCUACAGAGCUGGCAUGGCCGGGGCCGGGUGAUUCACACGGAUCGUGACCUCCUGGCCCAAUGAAUAGUCCUGUGUGUGUGUGUAUGCGCGUGUCCGCACCACUCUGCCAGUUACUAUGGUGUUCUAGAUGAUAUUCUACCUGAUGCUUUAUGAGAACAGCUGCAAUUAAGCUAAGCAAGGCAAACUCUAGCACGGAGCGCUACUCCUGUCACACUCAACGUGUACACGUUUCGUAUGAAACAGUUCUCAGCCCAUCAUGAGUAUUUCUAUACAUUUUUUGAAAAAUUAUCUGUCUCAUCGUAUUCUGAUGCUAACAAGCAGGACUGGGCUAAUGCUUGCCCGAUGCCAUGUCCUGUGUGUACAAUUUACGCUUGUACGUGAGGAGGUGAAACGAUGAGAGACUUGUGGUGAUGUAUGCACGACGUCAUGAACUUGUCAUUGAUGUAUGUUGGUUACACAGUGAACGCGUGAGGGGCAAGUGCAUAAGCCCGCUAAAUAUUAUGUCAAUAUUUGUUCAUUGUACAACUGAAUAAGAAUUUAUUUCAAUCCGUAAUUGUUAAUUACACUGUUUGUGUAUGUACAUGUGUAUGUAAACGGAAAAAAUAUAUAAAGAUAUCCUGCAAAGA